UCCGAGUUACCGCCCACUGGCUCCGCCGCCUCAGUCUUCAGGUCGCUCUUCGGUUCAGAUCCUGCGAUUGGUUUUGGCCGUAUCUUCAUGUAGGACCUACUACUUAUCCUGCCCGCCGCGGUGAAUUCCACCUGCGGUGCUUUAACUUGGCUGGGCUUUAUCAUCAGGCCUCCUCACCAGCUCCUGUCCUUUCUCUUGUGUCCUGGACUGCGGAUACCUCGACUCUCAGUACUUUGUGCUCAGCCAAGGAAAUCAGUCCUGCCUAUGCUAUUCACAGACCCAGAGACAUGGCUAUCUCCUCUUCCUCCUGGGAACUGCCCCUGGUGGCUGUGUGCCAGGUAACGUCGACACCAGACAAGCAGCAGAACUUUAAAACAUGUGCUGAGCUGGUUCGGGAGGCUGCCAGACUGGGCGCUUGCCUGGCUUUCCUGCCUGAGGCAUUUGACUUCAUUGCACGGGACCCUGAAGAGACGCUACGCCUGUCUGAGCCACUGAGUGGGAACCUUUUGGGAGAAUAUACCCAGCUUGCCAGGGAAUGUGGACUCUGGCUGUCCUUGGGUGGUUUCCAUGAGCGUGGCCAAGACUGGAAGCAGACUCAGAAAAUCUACAAUUGUCAUGUGAUUCUGAACAACAAGGGGUCAGUAGUGGCCACUUAUAGGAAGACACAUCUGUGUGAUGUAGAGAUUCCAGGACAGGGACCUAUGCGUGAAAGCAACUCUACCAUACCUGGGCCCAGUCUUGAGUCUCCUGUCAGCACACCAGCAGGCAAGAUUGGUCUGGCUAUCUGCUAUGACAUGCGGUUCCCUGAACUCUCUCUGGCAUUGGUUCAGGCUGGAGCAGAAAUACUUACCUACCCUUCAGCUUUUGGAUCUGUUACAGGCCCAGCCCACUGGGAGGUGUUGCUGCGGGCCCGUGCCAUUGAAACCCAGUGCUAUGUAGUGGCGGCAGCACAGUGUGGACGCCAUCAUGAGAAGAGAGCAAGUUAUGGCCACAGCAUGGUGGUAGAUCCCUGGGGAACUGUGGUGGCCCGCUGUUCUGAAGGACCAGGCCUCUGCCUUGCCCGAAUUGACCUCGGUUACUUGCGACAGUUGCGCCAAAACCUGCCUGUGUUCCAGCACCGCAGGCCUGACCUCUACAGCAGUCUGGGUCACCCAUUGUCUUAAGACUUUUGACUUCUGUCAGUUGAGACCCCCAUUGUGAGCUGGUGUUGCUGUGACUUGUAGGCAGGACCCAGGCGCAGCUCCCCUCACUUGGAGAACCUUCUCUCUCUUGACGGAACACAGGCUCAGCUUCUUGGGAAAGAAAAAACUUUCGCCUGAGCUCAGAUUUCAGUUUCAGAAAGGUGGAAUUUUAUAGUCACUGUUUAUUUCAUGAAAACUGAAGUAAUGCUGAGGGCUGAGCAGCACUGGCAUUGAAAAAAAAUAUAAUAAUCAUAAAGUC